AUGGGAAGGAAAGUAAAUGGAACAACAUCAACUUUUAUUUGCCAGGGACAUAUUGUUAACACAACUUUUAUUAUUACUACUGCUAGAUGUGGAAAAAAAUUGUUAAGACCACAUAAAGAUGGAGGUGCUAUAUAUAUUACUGAGUAUGGAAAUGAUUUAUCUAUAAUUGGUAAACCAGAAAGAUUAUUAGCUUUUAAUAAUCAAAUUAAAAAAAUUAUUUUUAAUCCAAUGACAUAUGAUUUAGAUACAAUAAAUGAUAUUGCUUUUGUAAUAAUAACAAAAGAUAUAGUUUAUUGUCAAAAUAUGAAUACUUAUCAUCCAAUAUUAGUUAUGACAUCAGAUCAUUUUAAACAAAUGAGUAGAGAUUAUUAUCUUUUAGGACAUGAUGAAUUUCAGAGAGAAUCUAAAUGUUUUAUACGAUCUUGGGGAAGAGAUGAAACAAAUAAAUUUAAUAUGAAAUUACGUGAAAUUCCAGUUCGAUUGUUAGAAACAACAGAACAUUAUAUAUUACUAGAAUCAGAAAUAACUGAAAAUGAUGGUUUUGUUUGUUGGGGUGAUAUUGGUGCUGCAGUUUAUUGUGAAAUUGAAGAAGCUCUUUACAUAUAUGGAAUUGUUUCAUUUUCUGAUGACAUUCUUAAAAGAUCUACAAAAGAUUGCAAAAAAUUAAAAACAUCAAAAAUUCCUUUUUUACAUAGUAAACAUAAUAGAAAUUUUAUUGAUAGUCUGUUUUUCAAUCAUACUUUAGAACUUGAUUUAGUUUUUGGAGAUUGUGACACUAGCUAUAGAUCAAGAUUUAAAAAACAUAAAACAAAAUUUAAUAGAAAGAUUAAAAAAAAUAGACUUUUUUGA